CCUCCCCCCCAAAACCCUGCGCGCCUCACGUUGCAUGGGUCCCCGGUUAUUGAUAACACAAUUUACCCGCUGGGAUCCUUCCCAGUAACGUGAAACUCGUGGACAUAGGCACUGGAAAUGCGAGCGGCAACCCGGAACGAAGGCAAACAACGAUUAGCUCAUUAACACGAACAAAUAGAAAGCCGAGCCCACCCCUUCACUUGACAACGCGACAUCAACCAGGGAGAAAGGUGUUUUUUCUCAUCUCUCCAUUCUCCAUCCACCCUAACCUGCUGUGUUGGGGAAACCCCUGAUGAGUGGGACCUGUAUCCAUGAGCCCCGUGCCCCUUCCCCCUCCCUGUCAGGCUUCAGCACCCCCAUCUCAGAACCCCCCUAUCGAAGACUCGAUGGAGACACCCCUGCCUGCACCCCUGAAACGGACCUGACCCCCACACAGUGUGUCCUCCGAAACGUAUUGUCCAUUGACACCAGUGGACAGGGGGCGCCGGGCGGGAGUAGCCCCACUCCCAGUGAUGGACCCUCAGGGCACUUUGACAACAGUGUGCUGAAACUGCAUGAACAUGAGGCCACCCAGUUUGGCUGUGGGGCUGAGGCUGGGCACAGCCCGGAAGCUGGCGCUGUUCGGAGCCAAUCAGAGAACAUUCGGCUACAAUCAGGAAGUGGAGGGUUUUUGGAGGGACUGUUUGGGUGCUUAAAGCCAGUCUGGACCAUGAUUGGAAAGGCCUACUCCACUGAACAUAAACACAGCCAAGAAGAGUCCUGGGAGGUUCCUUUUGAGGAAAUUUCUGACCUGCAGUGGGUGGGAAGCGGGGCACAGGGUGCCGUCUUCCUCGGAAAGUUUCAUGGAGAAGAGGUGGCUGUAAAGAAGGUGCGGGACAUCAAAGAGACGGAGAUCAAACACCUCAGAAAACUCAAGCACCCAAACAUCAUCACUUUCAAGGGUGUGUGUACCCAGGCUCCCUGUUAUUGUAUCUUGAUGGAAUAUUGUGCCCAAGGCCAGCUGUAUGAGGUGCUGAGGGCGGGCCGUAAAAUCACUCCUUCCCUCCUGGUUGACUGGUCCAUGGGCAUUGCCGGUGGCAUGAACUACUUACACCUCCACAAAAUCAUCCACCGAGACCUCAAGUCUCCAAACAUGCUGAUCACACACGAUGACCUGGUGAAGAUCUCUGACUUUGGCACCUCGAAGGAGCUCAGUGACAAGAGCACGAAGAUGUCGUUUGCCGGCACCGUAGCCUGGAUGGCUCCUGAAGUAAUCAGGAAUGAACCAGUGUCGGAAAAAGUGGACAUUUGGUCCUUUGGUGUGGUGCUUUGGGAGAUGCUAACUGGGGAGAUCCCCUACAAAGAUGUAGACUCAUCUGCCAUAAUCUGGGGUGUGGGAAACAACAGCCUGCAGCUGCCCAUACCUGAGAGUUGCCCAGAUGGCUUCAAGAUCCUCCUCAGACAGUGCUGGAACUGUAAGCCCAGAAAUAGGCCUUCUUUUCGUCAGAUCCUUCUUCAUCUUGAUAUAGCAUCCGCUGAUGUAUUAUCCACCCCACAAGAAACAUAUUUCAAAUCUCAGGCUGAAUGGCGAGAAGAGGUGAAACAGCACUUUGAGAAGAUUAAAUCGGAGGGCACUUGUCUACACCGACUCGAUGAGGAACUGAUCAACCGACGCAGAGAGGAACUCAGGCAUGCUUUGGACAUUCGUGAACACUAUGAGAGGAAACUGGAGAGGGCUAAUAACCUUUACAUGGAGCUCAGUGCUGUCAUGUUGCAGUUAGAGCUCAAAGAGAAAGAAUUACAAAGGAGAGAGCAGUCUUUGGAUAAAAAAUAUCCAGGUUUGUUCAAGCACCACAGCUCCAGACAGAGCAGCUCCUCCAACUCCAUGGACAAACUCAUCAAGAAGAGAAACGUCCCACAGAAACUGCCCUCAGGAAAGAGGUGUGAGAUCUCAUAUCAGCCAGACAUCCUCAAGUCUGAGGUAAUCAUUCCCAAAAUGGACUCCUCUGUAAUGCAAGUAACUAUUCCAGCAUGCCCCAACAGAAGCUCCACUUCUCCUAGCCGGUCUCGGAGAGUAAAGACCCGUCAUCGUAAGCCAGGUAAGGGCAGCAGUGGAGACCUGGCUGGACUUAAAGCAAAUCAAUCCUCCCCUAACAGGGACUCAACUGCCCAGGCUAACAGUUCUACCACCAACACCUCUAAGCAGCUUCUGGAGCCCUCUGCAGCCUUGCGAGGCCUCAGUCACGAGCAGCAGCAGAGGCAACUAUCCUCCUCUAGCCCUGAUCUCAUCUGCACCACACUGGAGGCAGAGGGCCAGGGAAAAGGGGAGCCUUCUGUAAGCGGGCUGGAAAGAGGGGGGAGCCUCAGUGCCUCUGCUGGUUUAGGGGGGUCAGAGGGAGGAGCAGCUGGUCUGGAUGACCUCACAGAAACUCCUCCACGCAGUGACACUCCCAGCGAGGAUGCUGCAUCAUUUCCAUUCUCCAGCAGCCCAGACUCACCAUGCGGGAGGGGAGCGGCAGCAGGAAGGGGAUCCUUGGGGUCUCCUCGCCUUCCACACGAUGGAGAGGACAAGGAGGAGGGAGCCAGUGCUGUGAGGCUACCUCGGGGGGCAUCUGGGGGAAUUGGGAGUCAGCACCUCACACCUUCAGCCAUUCUAUACAGGGCAGCUAUCACACGCAAACAGAGGCGUGGAGUGUCAUCCGAAGAGGAGGAGGGUGAAGUUGACAGUGAGGUUGAGUUACCACGGAGACGACGUCCGACCAGCAUCACAAAGUGCCAGUCGGUGUCUACGUUCAGCUCAGAGAACCUGUCGGUGUCAGAUGGGGAGGAGGGUCACACCACUGACCACUCUCACAGUGGCACACCUGAUGUGGUCAGCACCAACACUGAUGACAGGUUGGAUGACCGCAGUGACGACCUCCUCUCUCAGGGAUCGGAGAUCCCGGCUGACAACACUGAUCCAGCACAGGCCUCUGAUGGCCUGUCGGAGAGAGAUGGAGCCCUGGGGCAGGGGAAAGCUCAGCUGGACGUCGGGCAGAAUCCUAAUGAGAGCCGGAGCUUGUGUGAUGAUUCUGACUGCGACAGUGCUGAGCUGGAUCAGUCAGGUAGUGGAGAGCCCAGCCGUCCUCCCAGUGCCGGAGCGUGGGUGCCACCAUCUCAGUCCUAUCAAGGGUCUCCACAGGCGCCCCAUACAGGACCUCCAUAGGUCACUGGACACAGGCAAAGACCUUCAGCUACCCUACAAUGAACAACCAUCACAAGCGUACACCAAUCUGUCAGUGCAGUACAUUACUGUUGCCAUGAGGGAUCACACCUACCACACCACUCAGACUAUGACAAGUUGACUUAUGGUGUCUCAUAAGUUAGUUGGCGGGCAAACCUGCAUCAGAUGACAUAGGACAUUUGUCAUAACCUGACAUCAAAUAUUUUGGCAGCUUGUGACAUCAGAGUAAAUGUCAUUUAUGUAAAGUAGGGUUUUCUUAGGAAACAUAGUUACCACGGUAACCCUAGCCACUGCUCCAGUUCUGCAAAAACCCCUCCUCAAAGAACACACGCACGCACAAGAAGAUAAUACACUCUUCGUCCUUUAAACACUUUAACCCUCACUCUGGGAGCAUACUAGAUAAUACACCACACACUAAUGCAUUAUACUAAUAAAUAAUAAUGUAAAUAUCCAUUACAUUCCACAUGAGAAAUAUCUAACUUUAUUUUAUUUGUAAGAUAAAAAUGUAAAACUUAAUGGUAUGCAGCCCUGUGAACAAAUGCAUGACUACAUGUUUAUAAUUUAUGGUUUGAAUGUGUCCGUUUUAUAUUUUGUGAAAGUUUACACUUUUUUAAUCCUGUAAGUAUUAGUUCAGGUUUUUUUUUCUUUUUUUGUUUAUAAAUGUAAGCACUUAAAGUAAAAAAAUAAUAUUAAAAAAUAAA